AAAACCGCCACUCGGUUUUCUCUGUCCUGUUCCUCUAUAAAGUUCUCCAUUUCAAACAAAUCCCAUCAUCGAUCGUCAACACAAAAAUCCAAUCAAUUUUCAUAUUCAUCUAAAUUCUUACAAAUCUUUGAUCUUCUGAUUAACCCAUGUCGACUGCUGGUCAAGUCAUCAAAUGCAAAGCUGCUGUAGCGUGGGAAGCUGGAAAGCCACUUGUGAUUGAGGAAGUGGAAGUGGCACCACCACAGGCUAAUGAAGUCCGUGUCAAGAUCCUCUUCACUGCUCUCUGCCACACUGAUGUUUACUUUUGGGAGGCCAAGGGCCAAACGCCUCUGUUUCCUCGCAUAUUUGGGCAUGAAGCUGGAGGAGUUGUGGAGAGUGUGGGGGAGGGAGUGACGGAUCUGCAGCCAGGAGACCAUGUUCUUCCGGUGUUCACUGGGGAAUGCGGGGAUUGUCGCCAUUGUCAGUCGGAGGAGAGCAAUAUGUGUGAUCUUCUCCGGAUCAACACCGACCGCGGUGUCAUGAUCAAUGACGGCAAGACGAGGUUCUCUAUUAACGGACAGCCCAUCCAUCACUUUGUAGGAACCUCCACGUUUAGCGAAUACACUGUCGUCCAUGUUGGAUGUCUAGCCAAGAUCAACCCGGCUGCCCCUCUAGACAAAGUUUGUGUUCUUAGCUGCGGAAUAUCCACAGGCCUUGGAGCUACUUUGAAUGUGGCAAAGCCAAAGAAGGGUUCAUCUGUUGCAAUCUUUGGACUUGGAGCUGUUGGCCUCGCUGCUGCUGAAGGAGCAAGAAUUUCCGGGGCAUCCAGAAUCAUUGGUGUUGAUCUCAACCCAAGUCGAUUUGAAGAAGCAAAGAAAUUUGGCUGCAACGAGUUCGUGAAUCCAAAGGAUCAUAACAAACCUGUUCAAGAGGUGAUUGCAGAGAUGACCGAUGGAGGAGUCGAUCGGAGCGUCGAAUGCACUGGAAGUAUCCAGGCCAUGAUCUCUGCAUUCGAAUGUGUCCAUGAUGGGUGGGGUGUUGCUGUGCUCGUCGGAGUGCCAAACAAGGACGACGCAUUCAAAACUCAUCCGAUGAAUCUCCUGAACGAGAGGACUCUCAAGGGCACCUUCUUUGGAAACUACAAGCCCCGAACCGACAUUCCCGGGGUGGUCGAGAAGUACUUGAACAAGGAGCUGGAACUGGAGAAGUUCAUUACACAUUCUGUGCCGUUUUCUGAGAUCAACAAGGCGUUUGAAUACAUGCUGAAGGGAGAGUCCAUUCGCUGCAUUAUAAAGAUGGGAGAUUGAUUUGUUGAGGGAAGAAUCAUUGUUAUUGUGAUGUUUUUAAGUGUUGUGUGAGAACUCUGAAUCUUCGGUUUUUCGUUUGUUGAAGGGGAAAUUAAGAUGCGUUGAUGUGCAGUUUGAUCGUUACAGUUAUGCAUUUCUUCUCAAUAAAUUAUAACAUCACUUCAGCUUA